UCACCGCAUCGCACUAAGCUUCACCGCAAGCUGCUGCCGUUCUUGCCUCUGGCCGCUCUCGAUUACUCGCAGCGGCAAACCACAUGGGAAAAGGCUGGACCGGACGAGGGACUUCGAAAACUUUCCGACGGUCCGUGGUGUUUAUAGCCAGAAAGAGUGCAGAAUCGAUCGCAGGCUGCGAAAGGCAAUCGUUUGGGCUGCACUAUCACCGGGCUGCACGGCUCUUGACGACCGUGAAUCCAGUGCGCUGUGUAGAAGAUCGCCUCCCCCAGCUGCCCCCCAACUCGUCAAAGUGGCAUGGUUAAAGGCUGAGAGGAUUACAUUGAGCUCCUGCUUUAAUUCAAGUCGGAUUCAAUGAAAAUGUCUGUUUACGUCCAUGAGAAUCGCAAGUCCAGAGCCAGCACGGGAUCAAUGAAUAUCUACUUGUUCCACAAAUCAUCAUAUGCCGACAGCGUCCUCAUGCAUCUGAAUGCACUGCGCCAGCAGCGUCUUUUCACUGAUGUUCUGCUGCAUGCAGGGGAACGCUCCUUUCCGUGUCACCGCGCUGUGCUUGCGGCCUGCAGCCGGUAUUUUGAAGCCAUGUUCAGCGGUGGGCUGAGGGAGAGUCAGACCAAUGAAGUGAAUUUCCAUGAUUCUAUUCAUCCUGAGGUCUUGGAACUUCUUCUCGACUAUGCCUACUCCUCACGAGUCAUCAUCAACGAGGAGAAUGCAGAGUCACUUCUAGAAGCUGGGGACAUGCUAGAGUUCCAGGACAUCCGAGAUGCCUGUGCCGAGUUUCUGGAGAAGAAUCUCCAUCCUAGUAACUGUCUUGGCAUGCUGUUGCUCUCUGAUGCCCAUCAGUGCACUAAGCUGUACGAGCUUUCAUGGGGGAUGUGUCUGAGCAACUUCCCAGCCAUAAGCAAAACUGAAGACUUCUUGCAGUUGCCCAAAGAUAUGCUUGUGCAGCUGCUUUCCAAUGAAGAGCUGGAAACCGAGGAUGAGAGACUGGUUUAUGAGUCGGCACUCAACUGGGUGAACUACGACCUGGAGAAGAGACACUGCUACCUUCCGGAGCUCCUGCGCACUGUCAGGCUUGCUCUGCUCCCAGCUAUUUUUCUGAUGGAGAAUGUCUCCAUGGAAGAGCUCAUCAUCAAGCAGGUAAAGAGCAAAGAACUAGUGGAAGAGGCCAUCCGGUGCAAGCUGAAAAUCUUGCAGAAUGAUGGUGUGGUGACAAGUCUGUGUGCACGUCCUCGCAAAACUGGACAUGCCCUUUUCCUCUUGGGAGGGCAGACCUUCAUGUGUGACAAGCUGUACCUGGUGGACCAAAAAGCCAAAGAGAUUAUCCCCAAAGCUGACAUCCCCAGCCCUCGUAAAGAGUUUAGUGCUUGCGCCAUAGGUUGCAAGGUGUACGUGACAGGCGGUAGAGGAUCUGAAAAUGGCGUUUCUAAAGAUGUGUGGGUAUACGACACUUUGCAUGAAGAAUGGUCAAAAGCAGCUCCCAUGCUGAUUGCCCGAUUUGGUCAUGGGUCUGCUGAGUUAAAGCACUGCUUAUAUGUGGUAGGUGGACACACAGCAGCCACAGGGUGUCUUCCAGCCUCUCCUUCUGUAUCCCUUAAGCAAGUUGAACAGUAUGACCCAAUAACAAACAAGUGGACAAUAGUGGCUCCUCUCAGAGAAGGGGUGAGCAAUGCUGCAGUAGUAAGCGUCAAACUAAAACUCUUCGCUUUUGGUGGCACAAGUGUUAGCCAUGACAAAUUACCUAAAGUGCAGUGCUAUGACCCAUUGGAAAACAGAUGGACUGUGCCAGCCACCUGCCCACAGCCCUGGCGUUACACCGCUGCUGCCGUGCUGGGAAAUCAGAUUUUCGUCAUGGGAGGAGACACAGAAUUUUCUGCAUGCUCAGCCUACAAGUUUAACAGCGAAACCUAUCAGUGGACUAAAGUAGGUGAUGUUACAGCAAAGAGAAUGAGCUGCCAGGCUGUGGCAUCUGGAAACAAACUGUAUGUGGUGGGAGGCUACUUUGGCACACAGAGGUGCAAAACACUGGACUGCUAUGACCCCACUCUGGACACCUGGAACAGCAUAACCACAGUUCCUUAUUCGCUGAUACCUACAGCUUUUGUCAGCACCUGGAAACACCUUCCAGCCUAGAUGUGAUGUUGUCAGAUUUUAUAGAUGCUGUCCACUGGUCAUCAACUGUGAAAAGCUUUCUAAACAUGGCAUGAAGGAUUACAGAAUCCCAGAAGAAUUGAGUGGUGGGGUGGCAUUACUUGACUACUCUGGAUACGUUUCCAGUGAUACUGAGACCCCCAAACACUUCAAACUGGGAAUGAAGGAGCAACUGUUUUUUCAUUUGGAGCCAUUUGCAUUAUGCUAAAUAUGAAUAAAUGAAGCUGUUUUCUUGCACAAGCUGCUGUAAUCAACAAUUUAAUGUCACCAGUCAUCUGCUCCUGUAGAAGAGAAGAAAAACCGAAGACAAGGAGCUUGCAGUCGGCCACUCGUUUCAGUGUGAAAUUUGAAAUGGUUGUCACCUCGCACUGUGACAUUGUGAAAUGCCAGCACCAGCUGCAGGGUGAUGUGAUGGCCGCAGGCCUAGGAGCCUGGCCUUGAUGUGCUUGCGCACAGAGUAGCGAGCGGCCUGGCAGCCCUCGUCCACCUGGGGCUUCAAAGACUUCAGUGUUUCAGCUGACUGAGAAUGCCAAACGUGCAUUCGAGAAAAGCAGCACAAAAGACGUGUUUUUUUUUUUUUUUGUUUUUUCUAAAGGAAUGGAAAAAAAUUGUACAGGUUUUAUAGAAUGGACAAAAAGUUGGCUUAACGUGUAUAUUUUGAUUUUUAUUUAUACAAAUUCUGUUUUUGUUUGUUCCUCAAGGUAAAAGUGUAUGUCUUUCGUCUUUUCGGCUAUUAUAUAUAUUUAUUGUUUAGUGACCUGUAUGCUUGAACAGUGUCUGGAAGUUCAUGUAUGUAGUACAGGCCUUUUUUUAUUUUCUUUUACCAGGCUCUAAUUUUGCACAUUUUUUAACUCUGGUAUUUUUUUUUUUGGUGAAUACAAUGAAGAGUUUUUAUGUCAGCUUUUUCUUUCCCAUCCCGUUCCCUCCCAUUUCGUAACUCCUUGUCGUGUAGCCAUGUAGAGAGAAAGAUUAAGCGAAACACCCUGCAUGGUCAGGCAAUGUUGUUAUGGCAGACAGAUGACGUUUUGUUAAAAUGUCGACGACUGAAGCAAAAAGCGUUAAGGGUUUGAGUCAUUUUGUUGUGAAAAGGAGCACUCCAACUUUGGUAUUGAACUCGGCUGCCAUGGUUAGAGUGAAAGGGGUACAACUUCCGCAAAUUCUGCUUUAAUAGACAGCUACACUCAAAAAAAAAAAAUGAUUCUUGGGGUACGUUAUUGUUACUCAGCUAAAUUAAACUAAUUUUUAACUCCAAAUGAGUAAAUGUGGAAGUAUUGCACGUUAAUGGAAUGAAGUUCCUCCAACGAAUCAUUAUUCUGAGUGACCAAUGACUGGUGAAACUGCAGAAAGCGUGCACCAUCUGACGAAAUUCAUUUUAAUUUAUUUGCUGAACUGUUGAUCACAAGUUACAAUAUUCCUUCACAGCAUACAGUACUUUGUCUGGCAUUGUUUCGACAACUUGAUCAUUUUCUUGUGCAUGUAACAGUUGAGACUUUCAAGUGCUGCAUUGUUACAGCUUAUAUAUAGAUAUACUGUAUAUGUUCUCUGUUUCCAGUGUGACUUUGAAUACGCGAUUAAUGACAUCGUGAGACACAGAGCCUGAUCGAGCUAGCUGAUGAAGCGGUGCACUGUUCUGCCAUUCGUUGUCCUAACUCAUUUCUUAAGGAGUGAACGCAGUCACAUAACUACUUGCAGUAGGGCCCAUUAAAAUGGAUAUAUUAAAUAUUUCAUUAAAAAAUUACCCAGUGACCUCACAAAAUUGGGAUUAUAGAAAACACGACUUCCUAACGAGGAGGAUUCACGUUAAGGACCUGCCAAGUCCAAAUUACAAAUAGCAAAGUUUAGUUUGUUUACCUGGCAAGUGAGUUACAGACUGAUGGCCUCUUGCCUGUCUUACCUCAAGCAGCAUGGCCACCAUUAGAGUACAGGUAUGUGUGGAAGGAUACUUUGACUCUCCCAGUCUGUCUUUCCCAUCUUCAUUCUUCUAUAAAGUGAUGCUCUGUUUAUGUCUAUUGUGGGUAUACGGGAGUCCUAGCUUUUUGCUGACUCUUCUAUAUUAGCAAUUCUGACCAGAAGUCACUAGAAAAGAAUGAAGCCUGGAAAUGCAAAAUGAUAGUAGAAGAUCCUGGUGGUGGCACAUUGAAAUUGGCUCUACAUGACUGUGGUGGGUGGCGUGCCUUGCUUAAUAGAGGCAUCCCACCCUAAGACCGGUUGCCACAUUUCACUUCACGCUGCCACUGUAGACUAUGGCUAGUCAAAGCUGUAGGUUUGAGACGGACUGAAUAAAACGGAAAGCGACACUGUUUCAUUAAUAAGAACAAUGCACACUUUUGGUAAAUUGUGAAAAGUUUCACUAACAUGAAAAUAGACAUCACUCCCAGCAAUUGUUAAGACUUUAUCUUUAAUUCGGAGACUCCUCUCAGCAAUCCAUUCUGUAGCCUCCACCAAGAACUUUCAUCCCUUCUCGAUUUAGGUCCGGGGUUGGCAGAUGAUAACACGAGUUUGGUGAUGAUCUUUUUUGGCCAUAAGGAGUUCGGUGCCUCCCUUUUAAAACCAUCCAUUAUCCAACCCGCUAUAUCCUAACUACAGGGUCUCGGGGUUCUGCUGGAGCCAAUCCCAGCCAACACAGGGCGCAAGGCAGGAAACAAACCCUGGGCAGGGCGCCAGCCCACUGCAGCUUUUUAAAACCUAGAACAGAAAAUAUUGACAUGUGGUGUGCUUUUUUUAAUUCAAUACGUUUUUUUUUUUUUUGGACUGCAGCAUCAUUGUUUCAAAACUAUGAUGGGCUACGGCAUCUUAUUGAGUUCAUGCAAGUGUGUGAGAUGCACCUGUGCAUGCCUGUGUUCUCACAGCCCUCACCUGUACUCGUGGGAGCUGAUUCAGGGCACACUAUUUCCUCAUAUGUUGUUCUAGUCACUUCCUCGACUGUUUUCUCCUGCAGAUGAAAAAAGGCUUCUGCUGCCAAGCCUGCCUGUUGGUGGUUUCUGGCUACUGAGGAUGUAAACUCGCACAACCUGCUAGUCUGGUCCAGCAAUACAAUCAAACAUUAGCUACUGCCUGGAGCGAAAACUGGUUGCACCAAUUUGCGUGGGAAAAAACACACAGUGUUAUUGGUGAACAUCAAUCUGUAUUUAAAACAAAUUCAGUCCAAAGAAAAUAUGCACACCAAAAUAAAUCAACCCUUUUUUAAAUUUUUUUUCACUUUGCCGAUUAUGUAUGUCCACUACAUUGUUUUUUUUUUUGUCUGCAGUCCUCACUUAGGUCUGAAUGGGGCUGAAUAGAUAAAGUUACACAUAGCAGCAGACCCCGCGCCUGCUGGAAGCGUGUAGGCGAACAUGAAGAGGUCAUAGAGAAAAAGCUCCUGGCCUCUCAUUCUCUCCAACCACCGUCCCAAUUCUGCACCGCCUCCCCCUGCCUGAACCUGAAAACAAUUCAUGGUAAAGUGCACUCCAAACCCCUUGGCAUCAAAUGAGGAGGUUUUUCCCAUUUUGGCUGCCGGUUGCCUUGGAAACGCAGAACAAAGAGCAGCCUUCUAUUUGCAGUGUAAUUGUGUGCUGCUUUUUUUUUUUCUCCAUGGGGCUGACACCUGUCUGAGUAAGAGUGAUUAUGGCUGAAUAAUAGUCCUGUCCUGACUGAAUAAAAAGUGGUAUGCAUUCACAACUGAUGUCCGUGUGCAGAAAAUAUUGUGUCAAAAUGUUGGUUUCUUUCUCUUUGUAGACUACUGCGGUUUUAAUAUCAUUUUGUACAAGUGGAUGUUUCUUUUUCACAAUGUGAAAUUCAUUGCUAAUAAAUUUGAGAGUUUCUCUCUUUGAAAACCUUGA